UGUACUUUUGCCACAUCUGUCUCUAUAAACUUUGUGUUUUCGAUCAGGCAUCAACUUGGCCACCCUCGGGUCCUUAAACGGUAGGACCCCAGCACUGUAAACAAGCGGUCCGUCCGUCAAUUAAAAAUAAUUUAGAUUCUCCAUUAAAAGUAGUUGAUAUCAAUUAACUUGUUAUCGAUCGCGUAGUUAUGGCAGAAGACGAGAGUGAAUUGGAAAAGCGUGCUGUCGAGGAGCUCCUGAGGGAGACUGACAGGGCUCGGCUGAGAGCCGAGACCAUGGGCCCUGCGGGAUGGUUGAAAUGUCCGUUGCGGGGCACCAACAAGCGCUUCCUGCUCAAUACCCUGCGCUCCACGGGCCUGCGUCCCGGCGAGCCCAAAGCGGAACAAUCGUCGCACGCCGCCAGGCGGGAGUCUCCCGCGGGGAGGAGCCGCAGCCGGUCGCCCCCCGCCGGACGGGACGGCGGACGCUCGCGCAAGCGUCACCGCGCGAACACGUCUAGUAGCGACGUCAAGAGGCGGGACGGAGACCGGGAGAGGAGUCGCGGACGUAAGGGGGAGAGGGACGAGACGGCGGAAAAAGACAGACGGACGUCAAAGGCGUCAGCUAAUUGAUGGACCUCGUCAGGCUGGGUGAGCUGGAUCCUAUCGCAGCUGACUUUGGGCAAUAGGCGGGGUUCACAUGCAGCCAUUUUCUAGUGAGGACGUUGACGCCGACCGCCAUUUUGUGUUCAUCUUAACGUGACAAAAUGCAGUGUUUGUCUUUUUUAUUUCGGAACGGCAGAUGGUUAAAAGUGCUUUUCCCGCUAUCUGACUUGUUUACACUUUUUAUUGUUUGAUGUAGUUGCAUAAAUGCGACUAUUUCAAACUGUUUUUUACCCAUAAUGCCGAGGGGCGUGGCAUCACUUAAGUCAUCCGCUUCAUAAAUCGGGUCAUCCGCGCGGAAGAUAUGGUCCUUUUUAACUGUUUCCUUCCUCCUUGAAAGAAUGUGCAAAUAUAAACGCUGUCAAGCCCGCCGCUGAUUGGCGUCCCACCGCUUCACUCGCGCUUUUAUUGUGUGUUUGAGAGCCCCGUUAAUGUACCGAGCGGUUUAUCGUCACUGCUAAACCAAGCCGUGAAGUUGGUACAUAAAGGGUACGAAAAUUUCAGCUGUUUUUGGGCACCGAUGGGCAGUGUGAAACGACCGGCUCUCAACACAACCGACCGGCUCUCAACACAACCGAGCCGAUCGAGAGUCGCGUGUAAACUUCACACUAAGGUUGCAACUACAACGCCAAUUUAUCAAACAGCCCAUUUAAUCGGCCAUAUUUCAAAUCAGCAGAAAAUCUAGCUUUUUUUUUUUUUUUUUGCAGUUUUCUGACAAUGUAUCUAUUUAUUUAUUUAUUUUUACACAUUAACACAAAAAAAAGACAGACAUUUAAACAUUCCCCAAAAAAAGUCCACCGAUUUUUAUCUCUAAACUAAUACUAAAGGACAAAGUAUUGUUAAAACAAUCAAAUGUUUUGCCUGUAAUUCAUAUCUUUAUUUUUAUCAGCGUUAAGGGACAAAAAAGAUAUUUUAUUCAAUUUUUUUUUUUAAACUACAUGUGCCGAUCAACUGCUUAUCUAAAUUUUACUCUGCAAAAUAUCGGAAUCCACAUCGGCCUAAAAAAAUAUAUAUUUUGGUCGGGCACUAGUUGCAACUAACGGUUAUUUUAAUGAAUCGGAUUGAAAAAACUUUUAAUUUCCAUCCCUUUAUUUGAAAAUGAGACAUUUAUUUCAACUUGACAGUGCAGAAAAUGCCCAAACACAAAUUGAACAUGAUUCGUUUACUGGUGUGGUCAGUAACAUGUCAAAAAAUAACCAAAAUUGUUGAUUGUUCUUUUCCAAAAUAAAAGCAGAUGUUUACAAAAUGUCUUAUUUUGGGUAAACACAAAUAUUAGCAUUCUGCUUUCAUGGAGUACAAAAGAAAUCUGAGAAUAUUUAGUGUUGAGAGGCUGAAAUUCCGAGUUUUUGGAUAAUUUCAAUUCGUGGGUUAUCAAAACAGUUGUUGAUUAAUUUGAUAAUCAUUUAAUCGAUUAAUUGUUGCACCUGUUGCACUUGUACUUCACGCCGGGGUCCCGGCUUUACCUAAACGUUCACACUGAACAGCGACUUUUGAGGAGAAAGCCGACUUUGAUGGGGAAGAGAGAGGAGAAGCGGCAGUAAAACAGGGCAAAAUCGCAAUGUCGUGGGUGAGGCAGGCCAAGAGAGACGAGCUGCAUACUAGUGGUUCUUUAACCAAAUGUGAGAGUACAGUAAGUCUAAAGUUGAGAUUCAAACACUUCUAUGGCGGCAACUGCUCUAACUUCCACAGGUAAGACAUUUCAAAGAACAGAGAAUGCUCUGGAACCUGCGAUUUUUUUCUUUUUUCUUUUUCGUCCUCUCUCUCCCCCCAUCUUGUGAGGUAGUACCACAUUCGCAACAGAGGCGGGAAGUGUCACUGCGUGAAAGUGCACACAGUCGACACACACACACACACACACAGAGUCUGUAAUUGAGUUCCAUCUUAAUCGGCGAAGCAGGAGAGCCCUUGCUUAAUGGGGCCUAACGCUCGGUGUACACAGAUGAAGGCUAAUGGCCGGCAAACACGACUCUUGUUUGUCGCUCCCGCCUCAGAGCUGCUAAGUGCUGUUAAAUGAGGCGAUGGCAUCGGCGUCACAGGUGCGCCGCGCAAGUCUAAUAAUACGCGGCCGCGUCCUACAGAUCCUAACGUUGGGAAAGUGAUCAAAAUGUUUAGAAAGAUUUUUUUUGUUUUUGACAACAAAAUAAAAAAAACUAGCGAGCUUGUGUUUUUAGCAGUUGGUUUUAUUUCAACUUCCUUGUUUGUUUUUUGUUUUUUUCCCCGAGUUCUUUUUUUUUUUUUUUUUUUUUGAGCUCUCAAUCACUGCGGAGUGUGACCAGCUUUUUGUGAACAAAGUAGUCAGAGUUGACUGUUUGAGACCAUUACUGAUGUUUUUUUGUUUGUUAGGAUUUUUUUUUUUUUUUUUUUUUUUUUGUGUGCUCCCGUUUCCAUCGGGCAUAUUCUGUAGAACUCCCAG